GACAGCACCUACUGCGUAUAAAUUUUCGCUCAGCUUACUGUUACUGAGUUGGAAAGAUUUGAGGUUCUUUUCUCAAUCGUCUUGAUCGCGUCUGCAUUUGUUGUGUGCACCGAGAAUGUCUCGUUGAGUGCCAGCCAAGUGUCUGAAAUUCUGUUUGCUCACAACAAUUUGAGAAAAAAUGAAGGAGCUUCCGAUAUGCAGUUGCUGAAAUGGAAUGAAGAAUUGGCUUAGAUGGCAAGUUCAUUGGUUAGCAAGUGCGUAUUCAAACACGACAAAACAAUUCCUCCCAACGUCAUUCUUCCUUACUUGAUAUCGGUCAAAACCUUUAUGCCGGCACGUCAUUAAAGCCCAACUACACACAUGUCGUUAUGGAAUGGUUCAAUGAAAAACCGAAAUACAAUUUUGCCACUAAUACAUGCGCCGUUGGCUUUAUGUGCGGACAUUACACUCAGGUCGUGUGGGCGAGCACAACGACAGAAGUUGGUUGUGCACAUGCUGUUUGUCAGACGAGCCAAUUUAUCUACCCGUCAGGUUUAUUUGUGGCCUGCAAUUAUGGACCACCUGGAAAUUAUCCUGGCGAAAGUCCGUAUACAGUUGGGCCAGCCUGCGAAACAUGUACUGAAACAUGCACUGAUGGACUUUGUGAAUUCUCCUUCCUAACUGAAAUCGGAGAAUUCAACCCAUCAUAAGUUCUAUUUUCUGAAUUAUUAAUCACUAUCAAAAUUCGACAUUACAAAGUCAUUCAUUCUUUAAUAAAAAAUUUUAUCUUGUAAACUUUGAAUAAAAAAUGCAGUUAGGAUAUUAUAUUAAAAA